GUAUCAAUGGCGCUUUACAGAACCCUAAUCUAUUUCCGCCUUGUCUGAAUGGCCAGAAGUCUGUUCCAGGCGGGCGAACUAAUCCUAUCAUUCCUCUGGCAGCCCAUCUUCGAACACCUUGCAGGGGCGUUCUUAAAUCUCUCCAAAACCAAGUUGCACACGCUUGGAAUCUUUCCCUCAUCCAUCCUCAUCCAACAGCAAACAUGGCCACAAUCUUCGAACGAAACUAUCGUCUCGGCAUCGUCGUAGAUAUCGCAAAGGCCCUUGCCCCUCCAGCUUUCGCCUCUUACGUGAUAGUUCAUCGCAUCCUCCCUCCGUCGAUUGUUGGUGGUUUCUUUUACCAAGCUUGCUGGCAUUAUUGGAUCAUCGCAGUGUUUUGGCUCCUAUGGGAUCAAUUCGAGCAAUGGAAAGGUCGUCGAGAGGCUGAGAGGAUGAGCGCAGUUUACCUCCCUAGAGUCAAAGGGAAAUGGCUUGGUAACCUUGACCUAGGUAUAACCAUGUUAAAUGGAAUGAGGGAGGGAUACAUGUCUGAGAGUUUGGAACAAUUCUUCGGCGAUAACGAAACGAUCAACUUUGGAGUGUUCUGGACGGAUGUUUACGUUUCUCGGAACCCUGCCGUCGCCCAAACUGUGCUGACGCAGACGUUUGAAAACUUCCAGAAAGGCAGUGAACUUCGCUCUGCGUUCUAUGGAAUGCUCGGACAGGGUAUCUUCGCGUCUGACGGCGCUCGUGCUAAGGCUCACAGAGCAGUAAUGCGGCCUUUCUUCAGCAAAGACCGCGUUCGUGACUUCAACACCAUAGACCGUUACGUCGACAAGGCUCUCGCUCUCAUGCAGGAACGAGCUACACAAGGUCUAUCCAUCGACGUUCAAGAUUUGUUCGGACGUUUCACCAUGGACGCAGCGGGCGAAUUCCUCUUUGGUUCCAAGGAUUUCAACACUCUCGAUCAACCCCUCGCUUUUCCCGGUAAAGGUGAUGUCGCAGGAUGGGAAGCUUCCGCUCGAGGUCCCUAUGGAGAAUUGGUUCAAGCGUUCGAUAGGCUUCAGGAGAUCACCGCCAUUCGGGGUAUCAGUGGCAAGUGGUGGGCUCUGCAAGAGUUUUGGACGAAUAAGACGAGGAAGCAUAGCAAGAUCGCCGAUAGUUUCCUUCUCCCUCUCGUCAUAAAGGCUUUGGAGAAUAAAAAGUUGAGGGGGGAUAAGAAGUGUGAUAUUCAGGAAGGUGACUUUAUCGAUCAUUUGGUGGAUGCGACGACCGACAUUAAGGAGAUUCGUGAUGAGUUGUACAACGUCCUCGUAGCCUCUCAAGGCACUACGGCUGUUACGCUCGCCGCCACGCUCUACCUCCUAUCCUUGCAUCCUGAAGUUGUGGUCAAGGCACGCGAAGAAGUCAUGACACAUCUUCCCGUUGGUACUCCUACCUAUGAUGACAUACGGAAAAUGGUAUAUCUCCGUGGCAUUCUAAACGAAGCAUUGCGCCUUUUCCCACCAAACCCCCUGAACGCUCGUACUUCCAAAACGGCCACCUUGAUACCCGGAGAUCAACGAACGGGUGGGAAACCCAUCUACGUUCCAGCUGAGAAACGGGUUUGCUACAUUGCCCUCGCUUUACAUUCGAACAAGGACAUAUGGGGUGAUAAUGCCGAUCAGUUCGUACCCGAACGUUGGGUCGAUGGGGAUAAGGCGGCGCAGCGUACGCCCAAGCCUCAGCUUUUUGCGUUUGGGGGUGGACCGAGGAUCUGUCCUGGUCAGGAAUUCGCAUAUAUUGAAGCCAGCCUUAUGUUGAUCCGUAUGUUUCAAAUCUUCGACAAGUUCGCAUUGCGCCAGAGGGAAGACGCCCCUCCCAGUUCGUUACCGCCCAAGUCAUGGAGGGGAGCUCCAGGCCGGAAAGGUAUCGAGGAGAUUUGGCCAACGUUGGCUGUUGUCUUGUCUAUCAAGGGAGGAGUCUGGGUCCAGAUGGGUCUCGCGCAGAAUGACAGUUAGAUGAGUGGCUGGGUGACUGCCAAAGGCAUUGUAUAUUUUGAACCCAACGAUGAUAGAGGCAAAAGCGCAUUAGAUAUCACUAAUGGCUUUGCGUUUUUUUUUUUUUCUUUUUUUAACUUCGAACCGGGUCUGUUGUUGGUCCCUUUUGCCUGGGCUACCUUGUUUCUUUCUAUUGCUACAAACCGAGACCUAGAAACCUUUUUGUAGAUCCUACUACCUUGCCGUUUCUUAUCCAAUAUUUCUGUCUGCGAUUU